CCCAUGGAGGACCCCAAUGCUGUAGGGUCACCCGACCCCAUGGAGGACCCCAACCCCAUGGAGGACCCCAAACCCAUGGAGGACCCCAAUGCUGUAGGGUCACCCAAACCCAUGGAGGACCCCAAUGCUGUAGGGUCACCCGACCCCAUGGAGGACCCCAACCCCAUGGAGGACCCCAAACCCAUGGAGGACCCCAAUGCUGUAGGGUCACCAGAACCCACAGAUGACUCCAACUCCACAGGGGACCCAAAUCCCAUAGAAGACCCCAAACCCGGGCAGGGCUCUGAGGAGGAAUGAACCCCCUCUUUUUGGGGUCAGCUGUGGGGUGGAGAACGCAGCAAUAAAGAGGU